AAAAGGAUUCACUCAGUUGUGCACUGCGCAUGAUCCAGAGCUUAACAUAGAAAGAAGUCUUAUUCUAAAAAAAUAUAAAGUAUUUUUAUUUUCAAAUAAAUCUUUGCUUGCGAGUAUACCAGAAUAUUCCCACCAGCGCCAGUUAGUACUGUAUCGUUUAUAACAAAGCAUUCCAAUUAGGCGCAUGUGGGUGUUUAGAAUAUAUCCGAUAGCUCUACGUAUAUAUGUGUGAGUUUCUCUAUUGAUGCGUAUUGAGUUUCGGUGGUGUCAAUUAAAAUGGAGUCUUCUGAGCAUUUCGUGAUUUUCUUUGGAUUAACUCUACUAUAUUCACAACUUGCGUACGGUCUAGAUUUCUCCAAUUUCCCAACUUUGGAAGAGUUCCUCAAGGAGCCCAUGGUAAACGAUGACAGAAUCGUGGGGGGACAGGAGGCCUUCAUCGAUGAUUACCCCCACCAAGUAUCGUUUGUGGUGAACAAUACGUAUUUUUGCGGCGGCUCGAUCAUCAGCGAGAACUGGAUAUUGACUGCAGCCCAUUGCUCUCAGAACGUCGACCCCUCGACAGUGGUCUUAAGAGGUGGAAGUUCAUGGCGGAAGAAUGGUACUAUCAUUCCCAUUGAAAAAGUGAUAGCGCAUCCAGAGUAUGACAACCCUGCGUUCGACAAGGAUGUCGCUGUUAUGAAGACCAAAGAACCUAUACAAUUUAGUGACACAAUGCAGCCUAUAGGGCUACCUUCAAUGGAUAGAGCAAUGAGAGGUGGAACGGAGGUAUCGGUCAGCGGGUGGGGACGUACUAAGCAAGGAGCCGCUUCGAUUCCCGAAAGACUGAUGGACGUGCGUAUACCAGUCGUGUCGUAUCCGGAGUGUUUCCUGUCGUACUUUUCAGUCCUCACGAGGAACAUGUGGUGCGGCGGGAACUUCUUCUUGGGUGGUCAGGGAACUUGCCAGGGCGAUUCUGGAGGAUCAGCAGUUCAAGACGGUAUGGCAGUUGGCAUCGUGUCUUUUGGACGUGGUUGUGGCCAGUCUUUCGCUCCAAGUGUGUUCGCCAAUAUUGCCGCACCUCCCAUCAGGAACUUCAUCAAAGAACACACAGAUCUUUAAUAGUGGUUAAAUUUAUAAAUUUUUUGCACACUGUUCUUUAAUGCAGUGUUUCUAGUAUUUUAGUAUCUUAGUUUAAUUGACGGAAAGGUUUAAAAUAAAUCCUAUGGUUUAUUCUUUUCUUUUGCUGACUAUUCACAUAGCCUUUAAGCUAUAUAUAAAAUAUGCAAUGUAAGAGUUGUAUCAUUAAGGACAUCGAAUUGAACGUGUUAAUUAUUAAAAUUAUUUUUAAUGA